UGCCUCUCCUGGCGGGCGGGCGGGGUUUUUCUUCGGGCGCACCUUUUCCGCCGUCUUCUCUCGAGGGUUGCCUGAGGACCUGUCUUGUUGUCUUCUCUUUCGACUUCAUUUCUCCCUAAUUCAGCGGAAAAAGGAGGAUCAAUCCCUGCAGAACAUGGAAUUGGUCAAUGAGAAGCUAAGAAAGGAGCUGGAGGAAGAGUUGAAACUUGGCACUGAACAGCUCUGCAGCCAUGCUUGGUACCAUGGUUGCCUGCCACGGCAGGAGGCAGAAUCCCUGUUGCGGAAUGACGGGGAGUUCUUGAUCCGCGAUUCACAUUCUAGCCUGGGCGAUUAUGUCUUGUCAUGCCACUGGGGAGGACAGGCCCUGCACUUCAAGAUCAUCCGUGUGGUGCUCCGCCCCAGAAAGGGCUAUUCUCGCACCCUUUUCCAAUUUGAGCAGGAGCAGUUUGACAACAUACCUGCCUUGGUGCGCUUUUAUGUGGGCAACCAGAAGGUCAUCUCCGAUGUUUCAGGAGCUGUGGUGUCUCGGCCAGUCAACAGGAGUGUACCAAUUCGCUGGCUGAAGGAGCGCUUCAGUGACACUGGCCGGCCUCCUGGGCCCUCUGAGGAGGAAGGGGCACCUCUUCGACGGUUCAGCUUCCGUACAGCCACUGCUGGAGAACAAAUAGGAGAUGGAAACUUGCUCCGAACAAAAGAUCGAAGUGGAAGUGACCCCAGUAGCCUAGACCAGCUGGGCCAGAGACCUUCAUUGCAUAGUGCCCAAUCAGACAGCAACUUAUUGACUGGAGGCCCAGAAACAUCACCUGGAGACCAGGACCGAAUCCAACUCCCUCCUUUGUCUCCUGCCUUUCGCACAGGCAGUGACCCUGUCCUACGGCCAAGUGCCUCAGUAUCUCACCUGCUGGAAGGCCAGGGGCUGAGUAGUUCGGAAGGUCGACUUCAUUCCAAAGCUCCCCCAAAGCCUUUGAGAGUCCCUUCCAUGCUGAUGAGUGACUAUUGUGAACUGGUUCCUAAGGCUCCUCAGGGGCCCCGGAGUCACGUGGAGCGCUUGCAGACCGAGGAGAGGUGGCAUGGCCGGGCUCACAUUACAGAGACUGCCUUUGGGUUCCUGGACUGUGAUGAGGCUCCUUUUCCCUCGCCCCAGUCAGUGGAGACGGAAAUGGAACCGGGGUUUGAGCGCCCGCUGCUAGAGGCUACUUCCUCCUUCCAGCUUCAGCACUUCCACUCACUGCUUUUGACCCCGAACAACAAGCCCCUGGAUCCCAGCACACUCAAGCGCCUCAAGGACAUCUUUGCUACCCAUGAUUGCCAUGUAACAGCCCUUCAUAUUUUAAAAACGGACUGUCAGGCUGUGCGGAUCAUUGGAGUAUCUAAGGAGCAGCAGCGGGCAAUGGGGGUGAGCUCAGGUCUGGAGCUUAUAACCCUGCCUCAAGGGCAUCAGUUGCGGAAGGACUUGCUGGAAAGGCACCAUCUCAUAGCUCUGGGCAUUGCUGUGGACAUCCUGGGUUGUACGGGGUCCGUGGCUGAACGAGCGGACACCCUUCACAAGGUCAUCCAGCUAGCCGUGGAGCUGUGGCGGCCAGUUGGGGACCUCUUUGCCCUGUCUGCUGUGAUGAAAGCUCUGCAGCUGCCACAGAUUGCCCGGCUGGAGCAAACGUGGAGGCAUCUGCGCCAGAGCCACACCCAGAGUGCCAUCAUCUUUGAGAAGGAGCUUAAGCCUCUCCUGGGGAAUCUGAACAGGGCUGAAGGGCAUCCUGUCUUCUCCCCAAAGGAUGUAGCAGUUCCUCACAUCCUGCCACUUCUCAGUCUCAUGGAAGGAGAACAACUAUGGGAUGACAAUGAGGAAACGUGUGAUGUCCUCCUGCGGACGCUGGAAAGAGCUCGCUUCGUUGCCACCAACACUGGCGCUUAUCGCAUCAGUGCUGAGGCCAGACUUCAAGGGUUCCAAGGCACUCCAGAACUCCUGGAGGUAUUCCAGACAGAGUUCUCCCUUCGGUUGCUCUGGGGCAGUAAAGGAGCAGAGGCGGAACAGGGUGAACGAUACAAGAAAUUUGAACGGAUCUUGACUGUGCUUUCUCAGAAACUAGAGUGAAUUCACGGGAGAAGAAUUUUCUCUCUCUGCCAUGCCAGCUGGAAUGCAAGGCAAGAGUGGCAAAGGUGGUUUGUAAGCGUCACCCAGUGCCAGGAUUAGAUGCUCACCGAGCUGAAACUUGAAGGUCUUCCACGGAAUGAAUGAGCAGGAACAUUCCUUCUAGAUCAAUCGUGCCAGGGCUAUUGAAAGAAACGAUCUGGAAACUUUUUUUAACUUACGCAAAGGAGCCAGGCUACAGUAAGGAAAGCAGUGGAUGAUUUUUAAUCAAUACAUGCUAUGAAAAUAA